UAAACAAUAAAUAUUAACUAUAGGCUUUUCGAAAAAUACACCUUAGUGCCUUACUGUAAAACAUUUUAUCCAAAAAAUUAAUUACCAAUACAAUUUUAAUUUUGAUGCCCAUAGUCAAAAAAGUAGAAGUAUGGGCCGAUUUUAAUGGUGAGUUUGAAGAAUAGACCGAAUUAAUCUCUUACUGCCCUUGAAACCGGAGUUUGCGUAAGCCUAUGAAUAUAACCUAAUCCUGUCAUAUAGUUUUUUCUACAUAAAUACUAGAUGAAAGAUGUUAAUGUAAACAAAAAUAGUCGUCAUUCGUUAUCCAGAACUCAGAAGAAUAGACGUACGAUUUUGUUUUUGUAACACUAAUCAUUAAACAAUAAUCACGAUGAUCAAAAAAGAUUAACUAUCAUCAGGAACAUUUGAAGAGGAUAUUUAAUAAAAUGCUACAUUUAGCACUUUUUGUUCCAACAAGUUGCGCAUCUCGUGAAAAAAACAUUUUUAGCAAUGCAUCACAUAUAAAUACUUACAUAAGACAUAAUAAUUAAUAAUAUACCUAGUCGUAUAAAUUAUCUACAAUUUUACGUAUCUACAUCGAAAUAACAUGUUAAAAGAGCACAAUACACAAAAUAAAUGUUCUUAAUUUUUUUUUAAAUGUUAAAAUAUUAUUUUAAUUGAACGAAUUUGUGAAAAUUCAAUUAAACAAAUAUAUUACUUUAAGAGUUAUUAAGAAAUUUAGAAUAACCCCGUGACGUAGAUAAUUUAGCCCGGCUUAUCGUAGAUAAUCAUCUAUCUUAUACGUGUAAAAGUUUCUUGCAUCACGCAACGAUUUAUCAGCAUAAAAAUGUUAUUUUUGAAAUUUAUUAAAUUUUAUAAAUGUGUAAGGCGUUUUUGACUAUAAUUUAGUUGUAUAGAAAAUAAAACUGGUUAUCAUAACAACUUUAGUGUAUUAUGAUUGUUUUGCGUGUCCAGCUGGCAGCUACAUAAUGACGAAUAUCAUAUGGAAGCGGUCACGAUGAGUAAUAAUCGAUAAACGUCGUCUGUUAAAAAAAAUCAAAAAAAAAAAAAUCAAUAGAGAUCGUAGAAUAAUAUUACGUACUACAGUCGUGUGGAAGCUAUUUUUUUUUUCUUUUCGAAUUUCUGAUUUCCAUUUUUCGAUCACUUAGGUAUCAUUCACGCUUCGGACGACGUUCUAACGAAAUAAUACUACUAAUAAUAAUUAUAAUAAUACAUAAUAUUAUUAUAUACAUCUAAAUAAUCAUUGUAUUAUACACAAACGCGGCGUCCGUCAUGCAGAGCCAUACCGACUUCGACGCGGACGACACUGUCGAGUUUCCGGUUCCGGUGUCCGGCGACAGUCUUCCGGUGGAGAUCGUCGGCCGCCGGGUGCGACAGCCGCGGGACAUGUUCGACUGGGAGCGCAGCGAAGCGCGAGCUGACGUUUCGGCGUUCGUCGGCCACAUGAACGACGUGGCCAAACGGUACCCGUCGGCGGCGAUGGUCAAGCGGCGUUUGCGGCGACGGCCACACGGCCGUCACUGCAACGUGGACAGGGCGAUGGCGGUGUUGCAGGCUGUCCGCGAGUGGGCGGAGAAACGGCGCGGCGGGUCCGCCGGCCACGACCACCCGCCGACGACUACGGCCGCCGAGCGUUUCGGCCGUUUCCAUGGCCAGCUACGGGCCGAAGGACGAGCCCUGUUGGACCGGACGUACAACAGCGGUUGCCACCGGGUCGACUACCGGAGCGUCAUGCUUCCGGUGUACUUGGAACGGAGCUUCGGCGACCCGGUUGCGAUGACCUACGGGCCGGAGCACGAGCUGUCGUUUUGCGUCUUCCUGGUAGCGCUGUUCAAGUUACACCGCUUGACGUGGGCCGACGAACCUUUCAUCGUGACCGUGAUCUUCGACAGGUACUUGGACGUCGUAGACUAUGUGAUACGGUCCUAUCGGCUGGACCCGACCACGGGCGACGGGCGCGGUAACUGGUGCCUGAGCGGUUACCAGUUUGUCGGGUUCCUGUGGGGCAGUGCGCAGCUGGCGGGAACCUUCAGCGGCGACGGUGGUGACGGACCCGACGGAGGAGCAGCAGGACUGCAGCCGAUGUCGUCACCGACGACAGCGGUGACGGACGCGGACGCGUGUCGACAGCACCGGGACGAGUACGCGUUCGCCAAGUGCAUGGACGCAGCGCAUCGCCGGGCCAAAAACGGAAUGCCGCUAUGGUUUCACUCGUACCAACUGUGGAACUUGACGGGCCUGCCGCGAUGGGACCGGGUGAACGGUUGCCUGAUGGCCGCCUACCAGCGGGACGUGCUGGGUCGGUUCGAGGUCAUCCGCCAACUGGACUUUUGUGAAUUGUUCAAAUUCGCCCGAAACGUACGCCCGCCCGGCACGUCGUUUUACGACAUCGUACCGGCAGCGCCGCCAUCGGACACGACCAUGGUCCAGACGACCACGGACGUUUUGGCCGACUACGACGACGACGACGACGAUGACGAAAAAAGAAGGAUCACUGAAUACGGAGAAACGGAGGACGGAGAAACGGAUGAUGCCGUAACGGAAGACGUUGAAGAAACGGCCGAGGACGAAGGACCGAUAUACUACCACUGAUUUAUUAUUGCAUUGCCGACUAAUGCGAACGACAAAUUUUAUGAAUAUUUCUUUCGGUUUUUUAAUUUUAUCAGACACAAAUCGUCAUUCAAUCGUCAAUCCGUUUUGUUAAAUAUUAUAUAUAAAUGGCAUUAAAAUUGUUUUACUCGU